AUGUUGAUUUCACAAGUUGGUCACGUGUGUCUGUGUGCUCUGUUGAUUGCUGGUGUGGCCUCCGAGUGGGAAAUCCUAAACGAGGCCACAAACUCGGCAGUGCCAGACCUCAGCUUGCUACAGGACCAUCUUCUACCUGCGUUACCUCCUGGCAUGUCUAGGCACAGACUAUCAGGACAAUCUGACAGCAAGCGCGCAAGUCACGUGUUAGAUUUACAGCUAACACAAAAUCAAACCUCGGUCACAGAAAGAGCUCCUAAAACUCAGCCCAGGCUCAGACUUGCCACAGCCCAAGACUCACCUGUCGGUGGUUCAGAAAAUACAGCCUACACCAAGAAAGAUGAUGUCAUCGACCUAGAGGGGGAGCAGUUGUUGCUGGCAGACCGUCAGAGGAGGCAGCCUUCACGUGGUCGGCUCCAGGACGGGGGCAAGAUGUCCCAGGCCAAGCCCGGCCAAGACAUCGUUCCUGAUGUACAGGAAAUAGGAGAAACACCCCAGGAGAAGAUGUCAGCAGAAGCCGGUACUGGUGUGGUGCCGGAGAAGAUGGCGGCCAUGAGCCUAAAGGUAGCCUGUAUUCAGGAGAGCAGCUGGGAGUGUCAGAUGUUCAAGGAACAUUUCAUAGCCAUGCAAGGCGGCCAUAUGAAGCUGUUACAUCGUGCCUCAGUUUAUGAGAGAUCCAAGCGACAGGCCAGCUCCAACUACAAGAACGUGGCCAUCGAUGCCAGCAACUGGAACAGCAGAAACCUCCUGGGUUGUGAGGAUGGUGAUUGUUUCUCUGGUGAUGGAGAUGACACAGAUGCAAACCUUGUGGCCCCACAUUUGACCUUCCAGUCAUCAACAACAGCACCCACACCCUCGAACUUGACCAAGCAAACCUUGACCGAUGCCAAGAAACAGCAACUAGCCCAGGAUUUAGAAAACCAGCUGACGCCCAUCUUCGCCAGCAUCCCUGGAUUUAAAUGUGUCCGAGUUAAUCCUAAAAACAUCUACAUUGAUUCAAAAGGCCUGCUUCAUUUCGAUGACUGGGAGGUGACCAUUGAUGGAGGUAACCGAAGCUACACAGGUAGCUCUGCAGACGAUGUGGCUCGCCAGGUGCAAGAUGCACUAACAAAUGCCAGUUUGCAAUACAGGAACAUAGACAUAGAAGGUCAACACCCGACUGAUGAUUUCAAUACCACCAAGGCUGUUGAAGAUGUUCAAAAGGAUGCCAGUGAUCCUUGCAACAUCAAACCAAGUCCCUGUCCGUGUGGCUAUGGACGCUGCCAGCAGCAGCCCCCUAACACAGCUAACAGCACAGGCAUCCGUCUCCGCUGCACAGACAACUGUCUCAACUACAGCGACUGUAACAAUCAUGGCCAGUGUAUCAAGGACGUAGCUGGCAAUGCCUACUGCAGUUGCGUGGGAUCUUGGAUUGGUCCAUUUUGUGAUAAAGAAAACACAACCAUUUCUGACAGGGACAACAUCAGGUCACCGGUUUAUACAGUCUCUCAGAAGUCUGAAUUUAAUUCAUCAUUGAAAAGUGAUGAUCUAACGCCAGAGAAAAGACAAGAGAUUGCCAAAAAUUUAACUGAGGAGCUGAAAACUAAUUUUGCCACUUUUCCUGGAAUGAAAGAUAUCACCAUCAACCCAGAUGACAUUUAUGUUGUUGACGGUGUCCUCGUGGUUCCAUGGAACUUAACAAUCGACUCAGGUAAUCCAGCUUACAGUGGCAAAAAUGCAGAGCAGAUUGGAGACGUUGUCAGGGACCGCUUACAGGAUCUUGGAGACAGCUACAGAAACAAUGUCACGGUUGAUGGACGUCAUCCAAUCAAUGACUUGGAUUUUGUUGAUGCUGCUCAGCAAGUGGAGAAUCAAGCCAGAGAUCCAUGCAGCACCAACUCCUGUCCCCUGGGGUACGACAUGUGUGAGGCUCUCAGUGCCCUUCAGAUCAAAUGUCUCCACAACUGUAACUCUCGUGCCACUGAGUGUCAGAAUGCUGCACAGUGUCAGUUAGAUUCUGCGGGAAAUGCUGUUUGUCAGUGUGCAGACGGGUACACAGGUGAAGACUGUCAGACUGAGGACAACUCCCUGGAUGCUGGGCAAAUUGCAGGAGUGGUCGCUGGCAGUGCUCUACUGAUGGGGGCAGCAGCGGGCACAGCGGGCAUGAUGGCAAUGGGUGCCAGACGCAAACAGGACAUUGACUUCAGUGAGUACACGGAGAACCAAAAUGCAGACCAGAAUUCUAAUCCCUCUAAUUUCGCUUUUUUCAUAGACAGACCUGUAAUGGACAAAUCCCCAAUGCCCAUAUACGGCCAGUCAGCAGGUCCAAACUCAGGUAACAACAGCACACCUUCAUCAUACGCAAACAACUCCGGUGGAGAAAACGCGCCAGUCAACUCACCAGCAUAA